AGCGUGUGUAUGCGGUUGUUGUGUUUGUUAUGGCAGUUUCUACAACGGCGCGUAUUUUUCGGACGUCUCCCGCAAACAACACGGUGUUCUUUGUUUGUGCUCUUCGAGCGUCGAUAACACGUUCGCUGCACGAGGUAUCGACACUAAGUGGCUUCCAAAACACAAUCUGUGAGAAGCCGGCUUGUGAUGGACGUUGUUGCUGAUUGAAGUGGCGUGGCUCAGUGAGCAACUGCCUUCUGAAGCCGGUGGCAUAAUGCAAAGUGCCUGAAAAGCUGCGAUUAAGUGUUGCAGUGACGUUUCCUGACCUGCCGUCUUCGCCGCAAUGCUAGAUCAUCGUGUCGAGUGUGGUAUUGUGUCGCGAGUGGCCUUCAAAGCGUCCCAAAGGGAACGGCGGCUCCAGCGCAUCCAACUGAGCCGUCACCAAGAUCUCGAACCGUUUCACGGUUCAGGAGUCAACUGCCUAUCGCUAGAUCCCAUUGAUGGCCGAUACCUCCUUUCGGGUGGUGCUGAUGGGGGCCUCUGCAUCCACGACCUGUACUCCGAUAUUGGCAAAAUUAAACGCACAUGCAAGGCCAUCUGCAAACUGUCCAAGCACGAAGCGCACAUUUUCUCAGUCUCGUCAGUACACUGGUACCCGUGUGACACCGGCCUCUUCACGUCUUCGGGCAUGGAUGGCACCCUUCGAAUUUGGGACACCAAUGCGCUGCAACAGGUUGACUUGGUCCGUCUCAGCGAUCUCAUCUUCUGCCACCACGUCGAAGCAGCACAACCUAACCUCUUGGCUGUGGGGUUCAAGAAGCCCUGGGUAGUGUUGGCAGACAUGCGAACGGGCAGCGCUUGUCAGCAGCUGCGGGGCCACGAGGGCAGCGUGCUUGCAGUCCGCUGGAGCCCUCAUGCUCCAAACCUUUUGGCAUCGGGAUCCCGAGAUGGUUCGGUGAUUCUGUGGGACGUGAGGAGUGCACGCACCUGCAUGGCAACCCUGCAGGGCCACAAAGGGGGCACGACUGCCAUGACUUUCCUGCCGGAUGGCAUGCAACUCCUGACCAUGGGCAGGGACGGCCGAGUCAAGCUGUGGGACGUGGCAAAACGUACAUUGAGCAGGGCGCACUCGGGACUCGCCUGCUGCAAGUCGCCCACUCAGAUGUCCGCAACUCAGGAGGUGGCACUGCUUCCAUCCGGCCACUGCCUGCUCGUCAUGAACCUGGUGCGGAAGCAGCCCCUACAAGCACUCAGCGGGGCGCACUUUGGGCAGGCCAACUGCGUGCUCAUCUGCAGCGAAACCCUGGAGGCAUUCAGCGGCGCUAACGACCGCACAAUUCUGUGGUGGACAUCGUGUGGUGACCGUGAGCGUGCACUGGACGCCUAUCAGGACGGCAUGCCAGACUCGUGGAGCGACGAAGGCGAACCUUUUUGAAGGACCGGGCACGUGUGCACUAAGGACAGAGCUCUUGUAAUGAGUGGUGUGACCAGCUUUGUGAAGCUCUUGGUGUAUUGUGUCAGCUAUUGUGCAAGUCAAGACUGAAGCACCUGAGGACAAGCUUUUGAAGACUGCUUCGACGUCUUCACGGCAUUGGAUUCUCAGAGUGAAAAUAUGACCCUGGAGAGGAAUUGAGACGGGACACUGAAGCACGUCAAGGAGAGGUUACAGUGUUCAUUUUUAAUAUAAAGCAGUGUUGCAGAAUGCAGCAGAAACGACGUUAUAAUAAGUUAUUACGGUAUACAGUGUGGUUUGUGACGUGACGUGCUCACACAGAACUCUAGGGUGUUUGAACUCCUUCUCACCCUGCUAACAAUAGUUUUGAAACACUGCGUGAUUGUGAUGACAAGUUCAUGACUGUUUUAAUGCUUGUGGGAUGGAACCUGAGACAUCAGAAAUACUGAGAUCCGCGCCGCUGUGGCUCAGUGAUAAUGGUGUUGUGUUGCUGAGCGCGAGGUCGCUAGAUCAAAAUACAGCCGCAGCGGCCCCAUUUUAAUGAGGGCUAAAUGAAAGAAUGCAGUGUAUGACGCAUUGAGUGCACGUAAAAAUAUCUGACGGCCAAAUUUAAUCCGGCGUGUGCCCUAUUAAGUUCCUCAUAAUCAGACCAUGCUUAUGGCACGUUAACCUCCUAAUAUUACAGAGUUAAAUGAUCAAGUUCUUUGUCUAUGAAUAAGCAUGUUAGAUUUCUAAAUCGAAAAAAAAUGAAGUCCGGCAGGCAUCACACUCUUGUAACACAAGAAGGCGAAAGCCUUGCUGCACUCCUGUAAGACAAGACGAGCCGCAAUGAUCAGUACGUAUGUUUGGCAUUAAAGUGGACCC